CAAAACAGAAUAAAAAAACAGAAUGGUUGUCCCUAUGGUAUAAAUUCAAUCUAAAGUUGUCCCUAUAGUAUAACUUUCUUCAUAAUACCUAAACUAACCUUAAACUAAUCCCAAAUUGUAUUUAAAAAAUAUGGAAAUCAAUUUGUAAAAAUGGUUGCCGAAUAAAAAAGAAAAACAAAGGGAAAAUUGGAAAAUGGAUUAAAACCAUUCUGUUUUUUUUUCCCGUAACCCUAAUAAAGAAAACAAUCUCUCCGCCUCUCUCUACGGCGACGACGAAGGCGAUUCUGUCUUCUCCGGUGAAAUCAACGGCGACUGCAGACGCCACCGGUGGAACCCGUUUCUUUUCCCCUACCGGUGGAACCCUUUGUCUUCUCCUACAUAUUGAAGGUAAACACCAACGUUCUCCAUCCAAUUUCAAUCAUAAAGUUUGUUUCUUUCUCCUUCUUGUUCUAAUACUUUUCUCUGGAUCUCUGGAUAUCUCGACAAACAAAGGCGAUUUCGGAACUUCUCUUGGUCAUUGGUGAAAUCGAGUUUGUCUUCAACCUCCCCGCCUCUCUAUUUCUCCGACAUUGCUAGCGCAUAAGAUAUGGAGUUAGAGCUACCUAAGCGAGUGUAUGCAGAGGGUUUAGAACCUCAGGUGAAGAAGAUCAAUAACUGCUGCCGCAUGGAACUUAUCAGAGAUCUGAAGAAAGCUAUGCCUGCGGAGUACGAUGAUGUCAAGAUAGAUCCUGUUUUCAAACAUAUCAUGGCGAUUGCGGAAAAUAACCUCAAGUUUUCGGGGAAAUUGGUGGAUAGCUUCUUGUGUAAGCAGCUGAUUACCUCGAAGAUGCAUGAGAAGUGGUUUAUAUUUGCAAGGAAGCCUCUCCGGUUUUCGCUUCAGGAGUACCACACUGUGACAGGCCUCAAGAUCUCGCGGGAAAGUAGCUGUGACGUAAUUAAAUGGAAAAGUGAUGGCGGAUUUUGGAGUGAACUACUAAGGACAGGUGGUAAGAUCACCUUGCAGUCGAUCAAAAAGGUGCAUCUACAAGAAGUUCACAGCUGGUCUCGGCGUGAUAGGAUGAGGUUGAUCUACUUGUGUGUGAUAAUGGGUGUGGUGAUGGGGAGAGAUGAGAAGGUGAACAUCCCUCAUAUGUACAUCAAGCUGGUGAUGGAUCUCGAGAAGCUUCGGAACUUCCAUUGGGGUCUUCACUCCUACGACUUCUUACUGAGUUCCAUUGAGAAGGUUAGGAAGAAGUUGGGUAAGAAGAACAGCUACAUUUUCGAGGGGUUCUCCUAUGCGUUCCAGAUUUGGAUUAUGGAAGCAAUUCCGGAUUUUGGAGAAAUAUGUGGCAGCAAAGUCUCGGACAGUUUCUGCGGUCCAAGGUGUGGAAAUUGGAAAGGAGUUGCAAAAGUUUCUUAUGAAGACAUCAUUCAACUUGAGGAAUCGUUUACUGAGAAGGGAGAUUUGUUCUCGGUAAUUUCAGUAAGUGGCAAUGGUGAUGUGUUGAGGGAUGCUGAUUAUACAAGGAAGGAUGAGAUGGAAGAUGAGCGUGUGGAGCUUCUUCUCGAUAGGAUUAAAAAGAACUUUGAUUGGAGCAACACAGAAUGGCCAGUUAUAGAGGAUGAAGAGACUGAGAUGGAGGAAGCCGAUACAGAGUCAGAAGCUGAUAAGAGUGUGGAUGCUACUGAUAUUGCAGCAGAUGUGGAGACAUCUUCGGUCCAUGUUGCUGGAAGAGGCAAGAGAAAGAUUCAGGAUGAAGGAGCCGAGUCAAGAAAGAAGAAGUUGUUGUGUAAGCGAACAGCAGAAAAAAAACAGAGUAUUGAUCAAGAAACUAAGAGUUUCAUUGAGGGUUUGGUCCACUCAUCUAUCAGUUCCUUGGGCGAUAUACUCAGAGCGCAAAUGGCGAGUAUGGAGAGCAUGUUCAAAGAGAGGAUCGGCAACAUGGAGAUCGAGGUUUCACAGCUCAGGGAAGCAAUCAGUUUGAGGGCAGAAGGAAGCGUUCCUAAGAGCAAAACCGAUGAAGCUGCGCCUAAGACCAAAACCGCUCAAGCUCCUGCAAAGAAAAAGGUCAAUCAAGCUCAAGCUCAAGCUCCAGCAAAGGAAAAGGUACUUCCUAAAAGAAAGUGUAGAACUUGAUGUUCUUGUAUCUAGGAUGCCGCGUAAGGGUGCUGGAACUAGUCUUUUGGAGUUAGGUUGUUUUUGGAACUAAACAUUUUCACAGUGUAAUAUUAUGUAAAACUUUCGGAUAUUGUAAUAGGUUUAUAAAUGUGUAAUAUGCUUGAAUGUUUGUGUAAUGAUAACUCCAUGAAUGUAAUGCUUUCUUUGUGUUUUGAUUGAAAGACUUCUUACA